AUGUUAGAGCCCUUCAUUUCGCCACAGACACUGAGGCUGCUGGUGGACUCGAAGGCGGAGUCGCGGCAGAAAGGGGGGCGAGAGGUGGCAUCAAGGGUAGCAGCUGUGUUCCGUGACUCCGCACCGGAGGAGGCGUACGCCACAAUCAUACAGGAGCUGCGCGAAGUGGAGAAGGUCCUCAUUCGAGCAACUGCUGCAGCGUACCGCAGAGGAGGCCUAGGCGCCGUGCGUGCCAUUGCAGGUUCCUUGCCCGCGCGCACGCACUCGAGUGAGGUCAUCAUAUCUCUGGCUACUCUUGUGUUCGACAGUGUGGCAGAUGUGGAUGCAACUGUGCGGCUGGCGGCUUUUGAGGCGGCGCAUACGCUUGUGCGUCAGUUGCAGGCUCAGUUGCUUGAGGUGUGUUUCAUGCAGGUUUUGAGAGGUGUUGCCUGUGGUAUUAAUGACCACGAUAUGCGGGUUGCGAUGUUGGCGAGAGAAGUUUCGUCGUUGCUUCGCGAGAUUGUUACUGGCAACGAGCCUUUUGCCUUACAGACGGAACUUUUCGUCACGUUUAUCACGGAGAUAUUGGCGCCCUAUAUAAGCGCGAUAAACGGUGGACAGCUCCCUGAUUCUCCAGUGGUACAGUGGUGCCUCGAGUGGAUCCACCACGUACUCGAUCUCCCAGGUGAUGAACUUAUUCUCCUGUUGUGGCGUUUUCUAAAACAACUGCUGAUUCUCUCCGGCACACGAUGCGGUUCAGAUGUGUUAUGGUUGAUGCAAAAGUGCCUUCGGGACACGAAGGAUGCCUUCUGUCGGAAUGCCGAUGUACAAUUGGCAAAUCUGCUCGCUAUAGCUGCCGAGUGUGUGGAGGAGGUUGACAUUCCUGCAACCAAGAAGAAUGCGUUGGAAUGGAUAUUAGAGCUGUUGAUGAUUGACAUGGACGAGUUGCUCCACCUUACGCAUGUGGUGGUGGGGGCCUCGUUGUCACAGUUGGGCUCAAAGAGCCUUGAGACACGUGUAGCGGCGCAGAAUGUCAGCAAUAGUCUCAUGCAGCUUAUCGGUACGCAAGAAGGCGGCUGCAAAAAGGUGCCGUAUGAUGCCGUGUUGCGAGUCGUGACAGAGCGAUUCACUGAAAAGGGUACAGAAGAGACGCGUGUUGCGGCGCUGGAGUGGAUUGGGCUUGUGCAUCACGCAGACCCUAAUGUGAUGGAGCGUCGCUUCACAGAGACCUUUAGCUCUUCUUUGAUGCUCUUGUGCGAUCGAUCCGCUCAUGUUGUGCAUAAGUGCAUCGAGACAUUGUGUCUCAUAUCGGGGGAGACACACUUUGACUAUUUCGUUACCCGCCUUAUCGACUUGUUUCAUGCGAAAGCUGAUGUGCUGUUGCCGAAGGUACCGACGAUCAUCAAGCAACUCCAACUGCGGUACCAGGAUGAAGAUUUGGGGCAGUGUGAAAAGUUGUGUCUGAAGCUCGCAGCAGUGCUAGCACUUCAUGAGGACAAGCGCUUCUUGGAGAAGGUUGUCAUAACUCUGAGCACAAUGGUAUUAACUUCAAAAGAGUUUCUUCCGCUUCGCGAAAUUUUAAACCGCGGCGUCAAUGAUGAGCGCGCCCGCAGCACGUUUCUGGGACUGUAUAGGUGUUGGCAUUACAACACAGCAGCGACGCUUGGGCUUUGCCUACUGUCUCGCGCAUACGAGCAUGCUUUCCAAUUAAUUCAGUUUAUGGGCAAUGCAGAGAUGUCUGCGGGUACUCUACUGCAGCUGGAACGACUUGCACAGCUAAUUGAGGCGCCGGUAUUUGCGUUCAUACGUAUGGCGUUGAUGGAGCCGUCCAAGUGUCUGCCGCUCGUACAAACUCUUUUCGCCCUUCAGCUCAUAUUGCCACAGAGCUCUCCGCAUUACACACCACUCUAUCACCGCCUCAAGACGAUUCCUAGUCUCGUCAGACUUGAGCGCGAGGCACAGGCACAUACACCUGAGGAGAAAAAAGACAAUUGUAUCGCCUGGGGGGAAUUACUCGAGCAUAGUAGGGAAGCGCAACAGUGCAUCUCGGAUUUCGAACACAGGCUGUUUCUCCAGCGGUUAGGGGAUACAUCCUUGUCAUGA